AUGGACAUGGGCGGCACGGCGCGCUGGGUCGACAACGAUGGUUUGAUGGACACCGACGCCGUGCACAAGCAGGCCAUGGAGAACGCCAAACCGGCGGCCAUCAACGACGCGGUCAAUCACGACGGCCACCAGCAGCAUCACGAGGUGAUCUGGCAACUCCAGGAGAUGACGGAUUCCAAGCAGGUUGAUUGGAUCGACAUGUUGCAUAAGAUCAGUGACAAGCUCAAUGAGGGCAACGAGAAUGCUUCCAUGGCGUCGGCUGCGGUGGACAGCGGAGCGCGCGAGCAGGAGAUCAGGAGGCCCAAGCAACAGAUCGAGGAGCUCAAGCAGGCGAAUGAGGAUCUGCGGGCGCAUUGCCGGGCGAGCCUCAGUGGCAGCGCGAGCAAGCAAGUCGGCCCCGCCGUGGAGACGCGGCUCAUCGUCAGCCGCCCCGCGGCCGAGCCUCCGAAGGGCCGGGCGGGGCGGCCGCACUGCGGCGCCAAGCCCGCCUCCCCGCGCUCGGUCUCCACCGCGUCGACCUCGUCGACCAGCAACGCGAGCGAGCACCACGCCGCGCAGCUCCACGCGCUGCCCAGGCAGCCCGCGCCCGGCACGCCCGCGCACGCCAGCCUGACCGUCGGCCGGUUGCAGGAGGCGAAGGCGCUCAGCGACCGGCUGGCCUUGUCGCCGGGGCCCAGCCAGGCGCCGCCGGAGUGGCAGGCGUCGCGCAGCACGGCCAGGCUGACACUGGAGGUGGAGAUCUCCGAGGGGGGGGACGGCCUCGAGGGCGACUGGCGCCUCAGCGGGGUGCACGUGGGCAGCGCCGGCGACGACCUCGGCACGCCGGGCGGCGAGGAGGCGGUCGGCCCGGAGCGCGCUGGGCGGCAGGAGGCCCCGCCAGAGGAGACACCCUCCAGCCCGCCGGCCGGCCCAGCCGCCGAGCCUGCGGAGCAAGGCGGCCUGGAGGAUCUGGCGCCGCCGCCCUCGCCAUCGGCGGCCUCUGAGCUGGCCGAGAGCCCCGCCGCGAAGGCGCCGCGCACGCCGCGCUGCGGCGCCCGGCCCUCGGAGGUGUUGCGGAGCGCGCUCACGAGGAGGGAGUCCCAGGAAAUCGAGGCGCAGGAGCUCGAUUUCGUCUGGAACGGCGGGGACCGGCCGCUGUCGGAGAAGUCCGGCCCCCUCACCGUUUACGACCUCGCAGUCUCGAGUUUCCAGCAGUUGCACUGA